AUGAUGAGGGUCCUCAUCCUCUUGUUCAUGCUGGAUCUGCUCAGCAUCUCCAGUGUGAUGAAUAAGAGUAUCAGAAAGAAGGUUAAUGGGAAUUGGAGAACUGUUUACUUAGCUUCCAGUGUUGUGGAGAAGAUAAGUGAAGGUGCACCCUUGAGGACCUACUUCCGUCACAUUGAAUGUAUGAAGAAAUGCAAGAAAAUCUUCCUCUAUUUUUAUGUCAAGAAAGGGAACAACUGCCGACUGUAUGAAAUCACAGGAAAGAAAAAGCAAGAAUUUUAUCAGGCAGAUUAUGAAGGGAAAACAACAUUCAUAGUAAAGAAGGUGACUGAGAAGAUACUGCUGUUUCAUUAUUUUAACAAGGACAUUCGGGGCAAAGUCACACGUGUGGCUGGAGUUUUGGCAAAGACCAAACUUCUGACUAAGGAUGAGAUGAAACAGUACAUGGACUUCGUGGAGGAAAUUGGUAUUGAAGAUGAGAAUGUGCAACGCAUCCUGGACACAGACACCUGUCCAAGCAACAUUAACAUUAGGUGA